CUCACCUGUUUAUGUGUGUGUGUGUAUUUGCUGUUUUCCUCUUUUCAGAACCUGUCAAGCAAUAAUCUUGGAUUUCAAGCAAUGCAGAAAAUGGCAGAGAUGUUGGAAGAAAAUGUUAAUCUGAACACACUAAAUCUUUCCAAUAAUCUACUUGAUGAUAGAUGUAUGAAAUUAUUAGUUACUGCUCUACAGGAUAGCGGCUAUAUAAUCAUGAUUAACCUCAGUCAUAACCAUUUCACAGAAAACUGUGCAGAACAUGUGGGAACUUUGAUAGAAAAGAAUUCUUAUAUAACAAGUCUGGACAUUAGCUGGAACAUGCUCGGCAAGAAGGGAGCAAAAUUCAUAAGUAGAGGACUGCAGAAAAACUCAAGUCUGGAAUAUUUCAAUAUUGCCUUCAACAACAUUGGGAACGAGGGCUGCAACCACCUGAAAACCGGUAUUGGUGCCAACAAUGCCUUGAAGAUAUUUGAUAUGAGAACAAACAACAUCACAGCUGACGGUAUCAAGAUGUUCGCCAAAGGUUUAGCUACAAAUAGUCAAUUGGAAGUCUUACAUUUACAAGGGAACUUUGUACAGUAUGACGGUGUGGAUGCUUUAUUGGCUGCAUUAAAUACUCCCACUUCAGGAUUGAAGCUUUUGAAUAUUCCGAAUGUGUCUAUCAAUAAAGAACAAGAAGUUAGAGUGAAAAAACUAAAAGAGAAGAAAGAUAUUGAGAUUAUUUACCAUCCUUGGGUUUCAGGAAGAGAUUUCAAAUUUGGAAAAUAGCAUUUAUAAUAAAGUCUAAAUUCCACUAUAA